AUGGCUCACGCUCGAUUCACAAAUAUUAAAACCAAUAGUGAUGUUUUUGCUUUGGAUAACGAUCGGUACCAGCCUUCAGCUAUUUUUGCAGGAUGUCGAGAUGGUCGGCUACUUCUUUUUGAUGUCCGUAGUAAUCCCAAAAAAUCUUCACCGAAUGGUGAUGGUCCAAUGAUAAAACAGUCAUCUCCAAUAUGUAAUCUAAAACAACGAAGAAGUCAAAACACAGGGGAAUCUACCUCUCCUGUAUUAAAAUAUUUUGGACAUGUUAAUAGUACAAAUCGCAGGACCGGAUUUGCUGUAAAUUCAUAUAACUCAAUUGUUGCUAUUGCUGGUCAGGAUAAUUUUGUACGAUUUUUUUCUAUCCAUACUGGAGACGUUAUACGCAUGCCAAUUGGUCCAUUUGAGGAUACAAUAGCAACAAUUCGAUUUUGUGAACGUGAUGAGCAACAAAAUUAUGAAUUUAUUCAGGAUGGAGAUAGUACAGAAUACUACAAUAAAGGUGAAGGUAUUUGGAUUUCGAUCGGUAAAGAGUUACAAUGGUGGAGUGUUCCAUAA